CCUGCGAGUUUGUAUGAGCGAUGUUAUGCUGGAAAACAACGUUAAAAUAAUAACGCAAACGGCGUAUGAAAUGUAAUCGUCGAUUAACCACAAUCCUACGGAGAAGGCUUGAAAGGCGUAGAAAGGAUUCAAAACUUCCUGCACGAAUAAUAUCCAAUACGAUUUUACUUCUACUUCGAUUUUAUUUAAACCGUACAAAGUUAGCCUAGCGAAAUUAAACGGGUAAGAUAAAAUUCGAGCCUUUUACAAUAAACAUACCUGAAUUUGUAUUCCUCGUCUGACAGUCCGUUUAAGUUAUUUAAAUACUGAUCGGCCGUUUGAAAAGGAAUUAAGGCAUCUAAAGUAACGAAAGCACCUUUGUUACAAUCCCAUACGUACUUGUUGUGUUGGUACAAAAAAUAUCUAAAAUUAUCUGAGGCGAUUUCUGGCAGUGUUAGUUUCAUAUUGUCUAUGCUAAUGAACUCGUUCCUUCCAUAUUUAUUGCUAACUACAACAAAAAAGUUACGAUAUCGCGAGGAUAUAUAAAAAUUAUCUCACCUAAAAGUUCGGUGGCAGAUUGUAAGGUCACGGGCUUGAAUUUAACUUUCUUCAGUUUCGGAUAAUAGUUGAAAAUUACAUAAGGGAAUCCUAAAAAUAGUAUACCGAAAACGUGGUACAAGAAACUCCUAAAACGGCUCUUCUUUAGUCCUCGUAUUUCGAAUAAAACCUGAUCUUGCGCUUCGUUAUAAAAUUCUUGUACAUCAUUCGAACCGAUGGUUUGAUAACCUGAAAAAUCGUCGAAAAAAUUCAAUCAAAUAAUGAAUAACGCGUUAAGCAAACUCACCACUCGACUCCCUGCUGGUGUUCAUCUCUCAAUUCUCGCAACAAUGGCACUACAUUAAUUAUAAACUAUUAACCAUAAUUUCAUUUCAUUUUCGAAUGGAACACGGUCAAACGGAACAUUUUCGAGCUGAUCGAAAUUCACAGCGACUUCACUAAACAAAUUGUUUGCGUAGAUAAACUGCGUGUUUGUUAACCAUCCGAAGAUAAAGGAAAAUUAUGCUUAAUUGUUUAUUGUUUAUGAAAACCAACGAUGUUGACGUCAAACUGACGUCUACAGUGCUGACACCAUGCGUUUCUUUCAAACACUCAAGUGACAGAUGACAGCUGACUGAAUAACUGUAAAGAUAAAGAUGAAUUUUGUAAGUAUUUUAUGUGGUCUCAAGCAUAAACAAAAUAGGUAAUAUAAUAUGGCCUGGUCUUAAGCAACUCAAAAAGGAAUACAGGGACUCGAACAAAUAAUAUUUAACUGAACAAACAAAAUAUUUCGUCUCGUCUUGAUGUUGUUCAUGUCAUCUGUCAAAAUAUUCAAUUGUAAAAAAAGAAGAAUUGUUUAUAUACAUAACCUAAAAAUAUAAAUGAAUAAUAUGAAAGCAAACAUUUGAUUCUUGGUAAAACAUUAUCAGUUUGAUAUAAAGCGAAUGAAAUUGUAAACCGACCAUGCUGCAGGAACUUCUGUCGUCGAUAAGCGAAUUCGCAAUGAACGGUACAUCCCCAGAAACUCGAUUAGCCAACCAAUUGAUACCCGAAUCGAAUAAAAACGGCUUCGAAACGUUCUUCGUCAUAUCCCCCGCCGUGGUCUAUUCCUUCCUAGCGGUAUAUCUGGAAACUCGCUUUAAUUUAAAAAAGAACCUGUGCUUCGUACUAGAAAUCUUCAUAAUCAUCGUGCCCGAAAUACUGGGCAUGACCUUGUUGUCGAAUUACUCGCACGCCAUCUGGUACGCCCUGUUCGCUUGCAUGCUCCUCCUGAUCUGCUUGAACCGCCGAAUAUUCCAAGCGACCGACGAGACCGUCUUCGACACCAAGUUCAUCACCAACACUCGAUCGACCAUCAACAUCCUCUCAGUGAUAGCGAUAUUGGCCGUCGAUUUCGGCGUGUUCCCUUCGAGGUUCCACAAGACCCAUAUGGUGGGCUACAGCGUGAUGGACGCCGGAGUGGGGAUGUACGUGUUCGCCAACGGGAUCGUUUCCCCCGAAUCGAGGGAACUCAAAAACCCCGUUUUGAAGUCCGUAAAAGGCUCUCUGGCUUUGUUGAUCGUGGGAAUCGGUAGGUUGAUAAUGACGCGGUUGUUUCACUAUCACGUGCCCGUAGGGGAGUACGGGGUGCACUGGAAUUUUUUCAUUACUUUGGCCGUCACGAAGGUAUUCACAUCGUUUUUCUUGAACAUAGUGAACGUUAAGUACAUUUAUAUUAACGCUAUCGUGUUGUUGUGCGCUCACGAGAUGUUGUUGGAGAGCGGUUUGAAGCAGUUCGUGUUCGACGAGUUUCCUAGAGACAACUUCAUCAAAGCGAACAAAGAAGGUAUCGUCUCAUCGUUGGGGUUCGUCAUACUUUAUUUGUUCUCCGUUUACUUCGGGUAUAUACUGCAAAUGAAGAAGAGGAAACAGUCUACGGUUGCGGUUGUUAAAAAGCAUCUAAUAGGCGGUUGUGCGGCUUUGUUGUGUUCCGUUAUCUUCGAACAUUUCUUCGGGAUUUCCAGGAGGGUGGCCAAUGCGGCUUACAUUUGCUGGAUACUCUUCUUAGGUAUAUCCAGUCAGGUGUUUUAUUUUCUGAUCGAGACCGCCCAGAAAGCGAUCUUCAACGGCGACUCGCCGGCGUUGCAAGUGCCUUACAUCAACGAUGCCGUGAAUUUCAACGGACUGGCCUUUUUCCUCGUAGGUAAUCUACUCACCGGUUUCGUUAAUCUCACUAUCGAUACGAGGGCAUACGAAACGUUGGAUUCGCUUUUGAUCGUUUUGACUUACAUGAUCGUAAAUCUUCUUGUGGUUGGUUUUUUGUACGCUCGAGGCGUCAGACUGAAGUUUUGAAUGAAGUUGUAGCGGGGCGUUGCACAAGUGCACUUUACCAAAGCAGUAUUAGUCGUUAAUGUAGUUGAAUCUUUUGUAAUUUUAUAUAAUUAUAAUAAAUAUGUAUAAAAAAAUGUAAAAAAAAAUCACAUUAGUAAAAAGAGAUUCGUUGCGUCCGGUUGUUAGGAAAAGUAUGGCAGAAAAUUCGUUAUAAAAAAACCGUCUUGGCACGUUUAGAAAGCGUUAAAAAUCGUAAAUCCUAGGUUAACUAGAACCUAGGAUUAACUAGGUAUAAAUAAAAUAUUUAUAAUUCGUCGCGCGUAUGACUAAUGUACUUUCGAAAGCCCUCGUGGCCCUUCACAUGCUCAGCCGCUUUUCUCACGAGUCGUACGAAUUCUUCUCUGUCGAAUUUGUAAUUUACGAACUUGGCUUGAGCUCCGCCCGAAUA